ACGUAUAUAAAAAUAGUAACAUGCAGCAGGCCGUGCUGCCGGUGAAACCGUUUGGCCGUGGCUCUAUUUAGAGUUGGGAAACAUAAUGCCUCUGUUGGAGACGGCUGCCGUAAGCGCGCUGCGCGUGUUACGUGUUCAGAAGCGCCGCUCUAUAUUUAUCGAAUCAUGGGGCUUUCUGUGCUGCCGACCAGAGGACGGACGACAUGGUGCUGCUGUGACUCCAGACCCCCUGAGGACUAGGACACAGCACACAGGCGAUCUUUCUCCUGUGGAGUCAGAAUGGACGACUUUGACUACAGUGUGGAGAUCUCUGACCGCGACUGGCAGUGCUUCUUCACGGAGUGCGAGGAGUGCAACCUGCUUCCCCCGUCUUUGGCGGGUGUGGACGACUCCGGGAUGAGUGACCUUGAUGACACCGCAUCCCUGUUCGCUAGGAGGGCUCCGAAGCGUGACCUGACAGCAGGCUUGUCGGAGGCUGGCGGCCCCCCGCUUUCCAGGAGCCCACCUGUGGCGCAUUAUCUCUGCAAACAAGGCGCUAGUGGAAUGGAAAGCGUCCUGUCGGGCAGCGAGGAGGACAUACACCUACAGUGUGUAAAUAUGUUUUUCGAGAGGCUGGGAAAUCUUCCGGAGGCUGAGAGGCCUGACGAGCCGAGCCAAGACAGACCCGGGAAAAACCGAGAGGCGGAACUGCAGCGUGGAGAAGCCGACAUCAUUAGCAACAACAACACUAGGAAAGAAGUCAAGCCUGGUGUUUCCCUCGAACCUGCAGCCAGUAACUCUGCUAUGAACGCCAACGGAUUAGCUCAUCCUCAGACUGAGGGCGCCAAAGUAAAGCCAGAGUGUCAUGACUCACCCACACCAGAAACAGCACCACACACAGAUACGGCCAUAAAGGCUCACGCGUGCACACUGGAUGGUGUGAGGCGGCAGCAUUUGUCCACUGAUUUGUUGAGUAGUCGGGAAAAGCUCGAAGGCCCUGACGUGCUACAGCCAGAAAGCAAAGCAGCGACGCAGCAGCCGUCCCCGUCCGCCUCCGUCAAGAGGAAGCGGAGGAGAAAGAGACGACCCAGCAUCGAUCCGGUGGAGAGCGGACUCGGAUGCGAGAGGCAGCUUUUAGGUGGGCAGAGGCCCGAUGACUCUGAGGAGGAACGGCGGCCAUGGAGGGGAACAGUGGGUUUCUGUUUUCCUGAGUGCUCCUCAUAUCCACUCACAAGGACAUCGGCCAAGGAGGUGGGAGUAAAUUAUAGCUCUGAUCCAGUAGAAUUAAGUGGACUGGGUAAAUAUGGUUGGGUGCCAUGUUCAGUGGCUGCCAGUGUGGCUGGGAAAUUGGAUGGAGGAACUGGCAACAGUGAAAGAAUCGACACGGAGAGUCUCCAGCAAUGCAAUGAAGUGAAUCAUGUUGAUUGUGAAAGACGUUCCACAGCAGAAGCCAAAUCAAUAACUCGCGGUGUUUUACCAAGGGCACGCUCAAAUAACCCUGAAGUGGAAGUCAGCCAGGAUGAUAACCUAUCUGUUGCUAAGUCAGUCCUGGCUGUGGAGGGAGGAUCCAGAUAUGAGCACACACUGUGUCAGAGAGGGGCUGAGCAGCAGCAGCAGCUGGAAACUGACGGAGACCAAUAUAGCUCCACUCCAGGAAAGACCGGCAUAUGUGAGGCCGUUAUGAUGAGGCGCGACGCUAGCGACGUCAACGCCAGCGCGUCUCCAUUCCCACAUGACCUGUCCUGCAAAGACGCCGGUGCUAAACCAGCAGAGGGCUGUACGAACAUGUCCCCUGGUCAAAAUCCUCUGUCAGUUAAUGAAACCCCUUCAGAUAUCUCACCACCCACACCUUGCUGCACUCUGGACACGGUCACGUCACACUCGAAUGAUACUAUCACAGAUGUGUCGGCGCGUUUCUGUUCAUCCAUCAGUCAAAAUGAGUCGGAAGGAGAAAGAUGGUCAGUGAUGCUGGAAACGGAGGCAACUGGGCCUAAAAGACCGACUGUGUCGGGGUCAAAGAGCGACGCCGUGGUGGGAGCAGGAGACGGCAUCACACCAGGGGAAUCUGAGCAUAAAGCAAAGACAGCCCCAGAUUCAAGGCCGUCCAUCUUCACCAUGUCGUCUUUUUGGAGCGAGAUGGAGAAGCUGACAAUAAAUGACAUUCUGGGUUUACGAAUGGCCGGGAAAGCGGCGCCACGCAGCUCGCUGUGUCCUCUACAGGAGCACGAGGAGGUGGAGGCGUUCACCACAAGCAUCUUUACUCAGCCGGAAGACUCUGCCCCUGAUUCUGAGCCGUCAGGUUUGGCUUCUGUGCUGGCACUGGAAUCUCCAGCUCCUGGAGGUGUGACGUGGGAGAGCGAGGCUAUCCCGGUGAGCCCGGUUACUGAUGUCUACCCUCAGAAUAUUACGUUGACGACCGCGAUUUCUCCAGCCAUCUUCCCUGAAGGCGCGGAGACGUGCCUCAAGAAGAUCUCCAAAAAUACAAGCGUUCACAAUUUACACGCGCUGGAAUCUGAGCUUUUCAGCUCUGCAGGGAAACAUCGAACUUUGCCAAACCUAGACAAAGGAGGAUCAGAAAAGGUUCGGUAUGUUCCUGAGGAGAUCGGUCCUUCACCGUCUUCGUUGACAGGCGGCUACAGCACCUCUAUUGGAGAUAUGUUUCGAUACUUAUUCGGCAGAAAGGAGCCGGUUCCAAGUCCAUCAGCCACCAAUAAUGUAACCACCUCGUACGCUGAUGGAAGUACUCUCCCUGAAACCUAUGAUCACUUUUUCUGUGAUUAUGACAUCGAGAGCUUCUUUUGCCCUCUCGUCACCGCAGCAGAUGCCAAAGAGGAGCUCGUUCCCAUCUUCUCCUGCUCACAUUCAGCUAACAGAAGCCUACAGUUUCCCGAGGCUUACGAUUAUUUCUUCCCUUCCUCUUCUUCUGACGAUUCCUGCGUGGAAUCUGACGAUGACGAGAACCCCGGCCCCGUUAGAGCGGUGAGCAGGUUCACUCAGAAGACGAGCUCUUCUCCCAAGGCUGUCGAUGCUUAUGAGCAUUUCUUUACAGACAGGGACCUGGGACAGAACUUCUUCUGGAGAGACACUUUCUCCUUCAGGAAUCUUCGCUUAACUGACUGCAGAAGCCGGAAGCCGACUCUCUCAAACGCCCUUGCACCUGUGAAGCAAAGCACCACAUCACCCCCACGGAUGGUUUGGCCCAGUAAUCUGGGAAAUCAAGAUGUGGUAUUUCCUGAUCCGCUUCUCCGCCACCUGGAGGACAGGAUGUCCAAGCAGCUGAGACAGCAGCCCUUCAGAUAUGACGAUCUACAGGCGGCCGUUUCCAAUCCAAGGCUGGACGCCUCCUUUCUGCCUCUCAGACAAUCGGACAUGUGCCUCGUUUGCAUUGCGUUUGCGUCGUGGGUCCUGAAGACGGCAAACCCACAAGCUGGAGAUGCCUGGAAGGCUGUUGUGUUGGCGAACGUCAGCGCUCUGUCAGCCAUCCGGUACCUGCGGAAGUACGUCAGGGUGGAAACAGCAGCCAGUGAGAAGAAGCUGAAAACAGACGAACAAACUUUCCUGAUGUGACUUGCUCUUGAAGCAACAUGAUUGAAAUGAUUCAUUUUUCCAAGAAAGCCUGAUAUGAGCCAAUGCAAACCUUUGGAAGGAAAAGGGCAGAUGUUGUCAGUUACACGUUUGCACCACACAUUUGCACUACACUUUAUUCACAGCCUAUUAUUAUUAUUAUUAUUAUUAUUAUUAGUAGUAGUAGUAGUAGUAGUAGUAGUAGUAGUAGUAGUAGUAAAUAAAUAAAUAGCUUUUCUUCUUUAGUUGACAUUUUGCCAUUAAGUGACAGAAAGCAUUCAUGUUCUGCACAUGACCAAAGACAAGACCAGUAUUUACUGAGGGUGAGGCCUUGGAAACGUUUUACACGUGUAAAUAAGGGUCCCGUAUGAUUACGAUGUCGUGAAUCAGGGCUGUACAGAGAUAAGUGGAUUAAAAUGAGGCUUCAGAAUUAUUGAUGGUGCUGUUUGAGCAUGUUUGUUUCUAUUACUGCUACAUGUGUAGCAUAUUGCUUACUGAGGAAUUUCCAAAAACGAUAAAUGUAUUGCAAAAUAAGAUACAGAGAUUAUUUUUUUCUAAAAAAAAAAAUAUUGAUUUAGGGGACUGUGUUUUGUGCCAGUAUCAAGAAUAUUAUUUAUCUCAUGUUAUAUUGUAGAUGACUGUACAGUACAAGUACUCCGUAAGAUGUUCCUUUUAAAAUUACAACAAUAAAAACGCUUUGUGAAAAGUGA